CAUUCAUUCAAAACAUUACACAAACUCUUAGUGUCUGUCAAAGCAUUCAAAUCGUAUGAAUCGGACGCUAAGACACCGAUCACCACAACCUGUCAUCUGUGGUCAGCAUUAAGAUAAUGAGCGCUAAACCCGUGGACACGACACUACAGUUGGCCACACGAUCGGCCACUUAUAACAUCCUAUUACAGAUCAGCUUAAGAAUCGUGACAUUUGUGGCCAAUGCUGUCAUCUUAAGGUCUAUUAGUCGGGAUGUGUUUGGAGUGAUUAAUGUCAGACUGUUGCUGUUGUACACAACCAUUCAGUUCUUAAGUCGUGAGCCAUUCCGUCGGGUCAGUACCGGUGCCACCAAAACACAUGACUGGCCACAAGUCGUACGACUUAUUAGUCUCUCGAUCCCAUUAUCUCUAGUCUUCGGCACAAUUCUGUCGCUCAUAUGGUAUCACACUCUGGAGCGACCGGACCCUCAAUUGUGUCCGGAUUACAGGACAGGCAUUGUCUGCAUAUUCUCAUCGGUGGUCAUUGAGUUGUUGGCCGAACCCCUGUACGUGUGGGCACAGACUCAGGGCUUUAUAAAACUGAAAGUCAUGGCCGACGGCCUCUUUCUGAUGACCCGAACCCUCUUAAUGGUGGCUCUGGUGUCUCGAUGGCCACAGAAGGCAAUACUGGUGUUCUCUGGCGCACAGAUAUGCGCCUCCCUGUCCUACCUGUGCUUAUAUUACGUGUACUUUAUUUACGUACAAAAACGACGGUUCAGUGAUUUUAUGCCUAAAAUGAGUGCUAAGAAUCAGCCCUACAUAGACCGGUCUCUGAUCAUAAUAACCAUAAGUUUCCUGAAGAACACGACACUCAAGCAGUUCCUGACAGAAGGCGAGCGCUUUGUGAUGACAUUCCUCCGGGUGCUGACGUUCGCCGAACAGGGCGUCUACGAUGUGGUCAAUAACAUCGGUUCACUGCCGGCGCGCAUGAUCUUACAGCCCAUCGAAGAGUCGGGUUUUGUGUUAUUCACGCAGAAAAUGGAUCGCCAAAAAGCACCGGCAGAUCAGACGCCCUCAGAUUUAGCCGAAUCGGCGCUUAUUCUCAGAAAUUUCAUCAAAAUUAUGUCGUUAUUGGGUUUAAUUAUAUUGAUAUUUGGCGUCAAUUACUCAGAGCUGGCGCUUCUUAUAUACGGCGGUCGACCCCUGAGUGCCGGUGAUAACGGGUUGGCCACUGGUCUGCUUCAGUGGCACUCUCUGUAUAUCUUGUUUAUAGCCAUCAAUGGUAUUACAGAGUGUUUCACAUUCGCGGCGAUGAAUAGCAGACAAUUGGAUGCGUUUAAUAAGAAUAUGAUUUAUAUUUCUGUCGUAUUCCUCAUGAGUUCCUAUUUGUUGACCAAAUGGUGGGGCAGUCAGGGCUUCAUUAUGGCUAAUUGUCUCAAUAUGGGCUCCAGGAUUGCCAUCAGCACUAAAGUCGUCGAACCACUCAAUGGAUCCAUUCCUCAUCAAGGUUCUGGCACUUUGUUGGGCACAUACCUGUGUUCGAGAAUACCUGUUCGUUCAGAUGGUGUGUCUGUGAGAGGAGAGCAGCUGCAGAUCGAGACACAGGUAACAAGUCUUAUACCUGAGAAGUCGUUGAGAGAGACACACACUGUUCCCCCCUAUGACGGUGUGAGUGAGUGUAUAGUAGUUCUGAGGGCAAGGGAUAUCAUACGAGUGCCAUCAGUGCCAUCAGUAGCCAUACAAAGGCGCAGAUCUCAUAAGCAUUUGGAGAUGUGUUUGGCUUUGAUUUUUGGAGUUCACAAGACC